CUAAGGAACCUCACUGACACUCUCUAAGGGAGCAGUGAACACUACUGAUCACAAUGGGCAAGUUUGCUCUACCUAGUUUGCUAAUCCUCCUCUUGAACUUGGGCUCUGUGCUCAUCUCUCUUGCUUGCCCUUACUGCCCACACCCAUCUCCUCCUCCAAACUGCCCUCCUCCUCAACACCCACCAAAACCUCCUCAUGUCAAGCCACCCUUCCCCCCAAAACCUCCUCAUGUCAAGCCACCCUUCCCCCCAAAACACCCCCCUAAACCUCCUCAUGUCAAGCCACCAUUCCCCCCAAAACCUCCUCAUGUCAAGCCACCCUUCCCACCAAAACACCCUCCUAAACCUCCCAAACCUCCCGUUGUAAAACCACCAUAUGUACCCAAACCUCCUUAUACACCUAAGCCACCUAUUGUAAAGCCACCAUAUGUUCCUAAACCCCCUUAUGUGCCCAAACCACCCAAGCCUCCUAUUGUAAAACCGCCAUUUGUGCCCAGACCUCCUUAUACACCUAAUCCACCUAUUGUAAAGCCACCAUAUGUUCCUAAACCCCCUUAUGUGCCCAAACCACCCAAGCCUCCUAUUGUAAAACCGCCAUUUGUGCCCAGACCUCCUUAUACACCUAAGCCACCUAUUGUAAAGCCACCAUAUGUUCCUAAACCCCCUUAUGUGCCCAAACCACCCAAGCCUCCUAUUGUAAAACCACCAUUUGUGCCCAGCCCUCCUUAUGUGCCCAAACCACCCAAGCCUCCUAUUGUGAAGCCACCAUUUGUGCCUGAACCUCCCUAUGUGCCCAAACCACCUAACCCUCCAAUUGUGAAGCCACCAUUUGUGCCUGAACCUCCCUAUGUGCCUAAGCCUCCUGUGGUCAACCCCCCGGUACACCCUCCAUUCAUUCCCCAACCCCCAACUGUGAAACCCCCACCAUUUGUGCCCAAACCUCCAGUUGUCACACCACCACCAGGAGAAGUGCCAUGUCCUCCUCCUCCUCCUCCAGCUGUGCCUGUGCCUUACCUACCACCACCACCACCACCACCACCAAAACAACCCACAUGCCCAAUUGACACUCUGAAGCUAGGAGCAUGUGUGGAUGUGUUGGGGGGUUUGAUUCAUAUUGGUAUUGGAAGUAGUGCUAAGGACACUUGUUGUCCAGUGCUUCAAGGGCUUGUGGACUUGGAUGCUGCCGUAUGUCUUUGCACCACCAUUAAGGCUAAGCUUCUAAAUCUCAACAUCAUCAUUCCAAUUGCUCUUCAAGUCCUCAUUGACUGUGGCAAGACUGUACCCGCAGGAUUCCAAUGUCCUGCUGCCUAAUUAAGGACACAAGACAAUAAAUUGGUACCAAAAGUGCUAAAGGAAUCUUGAAUAGUACUCUUAAGCAUAUAUGUGUUUUUUUUUUUUGCCUAAAUUAGUUCAAUGUGUAUCAAAAUGGGUUUACAAUGAGCUGAUGAGAUCAAUAAUUAACAUGUUUGUUGAUGAUAAUGUGAUGAGUUUGUUGUCGUUGUUCUAAAGUUGUCUCUGGAAUUUAAUCAAAAAGCUUAAGAGUCUGUUUGGUA